AUGCGGGGCGGCGGCGGGGAGAGCCGGGGGGAGAAGCGGGGACGCGGAGGCGCUGGGGGCACCGGGACGUGGCGCGGGGCCGACGGGGGACGGGGAGAAGGAGGAGCGCUCGGGGACGGGAGGGCUCGGAGAUGGGAACCGGGGACGAGAAGCGGGGGCGCGCGGCCGGCACCGGCCCGGGGGGCGUCCGAGGUGACGGUGCUCGUGCCCCAGCACGACGUGGAGCUGACGGACCCCCGGGGCCGGACCCCGCUGGAGCUGGCCGUGUCCCUGGGGCACCUGGAGUCGGUGCGGGUGCUGCUGCGGCACAACGCCAACGUGGGCCGGGAGAACGCCAACGGCUGGACGGUGCUACAGGAGGCCGUGAGCACCGGGGACCCCGAGAUAGUGCAGCUGGUGCUCCAGUACCGUGACUACCAGCGGGCGACGCGGAGGCUGGCUGGCAUCCCCGAGCUGCUCAGCAAGCUGCGCCGGGCCUCUGACUUCUACGUGGAGAUGAAGUGGGAAUUUACCAGCUGGGUGCCUCUGGUGUCCAAGGUGUGCCCCAGCGACGUGUACCGCGUCUGGAAGCGGGGCGAGAGCCUGCGGGUGGACACCACGCUGCUGGGCUUCGAGCACAUGACGUGGCAGCGGGGCCGCCGCAGCUACAUCUUCAAGGGAGAAGAGGAGGGAGCGGUGGUGAUGGAGGUGGACCACGACAAGCAGGUGGUGUACACCGAGACGCUGGCGCUGGCCCUGCACGAGCCUGACCUGCUGCUGGCGGCCAUGCAGCCCUCGGAGGAGCACGUGGCCGGGCGGCUGACGUCGCCCAUCGUCUCCACGCACCUGGACACCAGGAACAUCGCCUUCGAGCGGAACAAGUCGGGGAUCUGGGGAUGGCGCUCGGAGAAGAUGGAGGUGAUCAGCGGCUACGAGGCCAAGGUGUACAGCGCCAGCAACGUGGAGCUGGUCACCAAGACGAGGACGGAGCACCUCUCGGACCAGGACAAGUCACGCACUAAAGGCUCCCGCACCCCCUUCCACUCCUUCCUGGGCCUGGCACAGCAGCACGGCACCCACAACGGGGCACCCGUGCCCCCAGCCGCCAGCCCCACCAACCCCACGGCCAUCACCCUCGAGGAGUACUUCGACCCACACUUCGACCUGGAGGCCCGCAACAUCGGGCGCCCCAUCGAGGUGUCCAGCAAGGUGCAGAGGUUCAAGGCGACGCUGUGGCUCUGCGAGCAGCACCCGCUGUCCCUGGCCGAGCAGGUGACGCCCAUCAUCGACCUGAUGGCCAUCUCCAACGCGCACUUCGCCAAGCUGCGCGACUUCAUCACCCUCAAGCUGCCCCCCGGCUUCCCUGUCAAGAUCGAGAUCCCCCUGUUCCACGUCCUCAACGCCCGCAUCACCUUCAGCAACCUCUGCGGCUGUGACCAACCGCUGGGCUCCGUCCGGGUCUGCAACCCGGCUCAGCCCCCAGGAGCCAGGGCGGCCGGGCCUGGAGGUGGG